CCCUCGCCCGCCCGCGCCCGCCCGCGCCCGCCCGCGCCCGCGCCCCAUGGGGUCACAGAGUCUGUAGAAGAGCAACGCCAGGACUUCCAGAUGAACAACCGAAAGGAAGACAUGGAAAUCGCGUCCCACUACCGGCACCUGCUCCGCGAGCUCAACGAGCAGAGGCAGCACGGCGUCCUGUGUGACGUCUGUGUCGUGGUUGAGGGCAAGGUGUUCAAGGCACAUAAGAACGUCCUGCUCGGCAGCAGCCGCUACUUUAAGACGCUGUACUGCCAGGUGCAGAAGACGUCCGACCAGGCCACCGUCACACACCUGGACAUCGUCACGGCCCAGGGCUUCAAGGCCAUCAUCGACUUCAUGUACUCGGCCCACCUGGCCCUGACCAGCAGGAAUGUCAUCGAGGUGAUGUCCGCCGCCAGCUUCCUGCAGAUGACGGACAUUGUGCAGGCGUGCCACGACUUCAUCAAGGCCGCACUGGACAUCAGCAUCAAGCCCGAUGCCUCGGACGAGCUCUCAGAGUUUGAGAUCAGCGCCCCGCCGGGCAGCAGCACGGACGCCCUGAUCUCGGCUGUGAUGGCCGGAAGGAGCAUCUCCCCGUGGCUGGCCCGGCGCACCAGCCCCGCCAACUCUUCGGGAGACUCGGCCAUCGCCAGCUGCCACGAGGGAGGAAGCAGCUACGGCAAAGAGGACCAGGAGCCCAAGGCCGACGGCCCCGACGACAUUUCCUCGCAGCCGCUGUGGCCUGGCGACGUGGGCUACGGGUCUCUGCGUGUCAAGGAAGAGCAGGUUUCACCGUCUCAUUACGGGGGGAGCGAGCUGCCUUCCGCCAGGGACGGGGUGAUACAGAACUCCUUCUCAGAGCAGGCCGGAGGGGACGGCUGGCAGCCCACGGGUCGAAGGAAGAAUCGGAAAAACAAGGAGACCGUCCGGCAUAUCACGCAGCAGGUGGAGGACGACAGCCGGGCCGGGUCCCCAGUGGCCUCUUUCCUGCCGACGUCGGGGUGGCCGUUCAGCAGCCGCGACUCAAGUGCGGACUUGACUGUCACCGAGGCCAGCAGCUCUGACGGCCGAGGGGAGAGGGCUGAGCUCUACGGCCACGUGGACGAGGGUCUCCUGGGAGGAGAAGGCAGCUACCUGGGCCCGCCCCUCACCCCCGAGAAGGACGAGGCUCUGCACCAGGCCACGGCCGUGGCCAACCUGCGGGCGGCACUCAUGAGUAAGAACAGCCUGCUGUCUCUCAAGGCCGACGUGCUGGGGGACGACAGCUCCCUGCUGCUGGAGUACCUGCCCAAAGGCACCCACUCCCUGUCCCUGAACGAGUUCACCGUGAUUCGGAAGAAGUUCAAGUGCCCGUACUGCAGCUUCUCCGCCAUGCACCAGUGCAUCCUCAAGCGGCACAUGCGCUCCCACACGGGCGAGCGGCCCUACCCCUGCGACAUCUGCGGCAAGAAGUUCACGCGGCGGGAGCACAUGAAGCGGCACACGCUGGUCCACAGCAAGGACAAGAAGUACGUGUGCAAGUUGUGCAGUCGUGUGUUCAUGUCGGCUGCCAGCGUGGGCAUCAAGCACGGCUCGCGGCGCCACGGCGUGUGUGCCGACUGCGCGGGCCGAGGCGUGGCCGGACCCCUGGACGGCGGGGGCGCCGAGGGCUCUCCUGAGCUGUUCCCCGGUGACGGGCCUUACCUGGAGGACCCCGACGACCCGCGGGGGGACGGUGAGGAGGAGCUGUGCGAGGACGAGGAUGAGGUGGGCCUGGCCCACGAGGACGCGCUGCUGGCGGCCGAGAAGGACGAGGACUCACCGCGGGGACCCGGCAGCCCCCCGGGGGCACCCGACAAGGACUUCUGGAUCUCCUAGGCCCCGGGCUGGGCGUGCGCGUCUAUGAGGAUCAGCUCCCGCCCGGGCCCCGGCCCCCAGAGCCGAGCAGGGGACCCGGGGGGGCGGCAGACCAAGCGCCCGUUCCCACAUGUCUGCGGGUCGUGGAGGGUCCCCAGCAGGUACGUGUGCGCAGGCACCCUGGGAGCCUUGAGGGCGGCCCGGCGGGCGCUGUGGUGGCGUCGCGGAUGUCGAGGCAGGUUUUGCGUAGUCCGAGGUCCGGUGCUGGAGCCCCCGCCACCGCUCUGCGCCCCCUUCCUCGGCAGCCUGGUCGCGGCCCGUGUCGCGGUGGCCGCCGGGCUUUGGUGCUUCACUUCCAACAGCUGCAGACGCCCCGCGGCCGAGGACCCCCAGGUGCUAUGUUCCCGCGGCGGCGGGAGCGCGCUGCUCUGCUGCGGGUCGGUGCUCCCACCCGGCCGCUCCGUCCCUCGGGGCCUGGGCGCCACGUCCUGCGUGCACUUCCUCGGGGCCCGGGGUCACGGCCCCAGCUCUGCCACCCUCCGUGCCCAGCCCCGCGGACCCUCCUGGGUGGCCUUGCCUUGUUGCUGCUAACCCCGGGCGGUGCCGCCCCGUGUGCUGCCCACACCUCCCCGCGUGGUGGCCGGCCUCGGGGGACGGGGGCCUCGGGGUGGCCACACACGCUCCCCGGCCGUCCUGCUGUCCCUCGGGGGCGCCUCUUGGCCAGACUCUCCAGGCGCACAGGCGCCCCCGCCCUCCCCGCCGCCCCCGCUGCACUUUGCCCACAUUCCGGGCCGGCCGCGUGGGCGGCACCUGCGGGCCUGGUAGCGACCCGGGCCCGGCCAGGGCCUGCGGGCCCCUCCCCCUCUGCCCCCCCAGGCUGCGGCCGCGCCCCUCUCUUCCUUCCUGGUGGAUAGGGGAGACAUGCACGGCGGUAGGGGGAGGUGGCCUGCAGCCUCGUGGGGGUCGUGGGGGUCGGGACCAGGGGCAGGGCCGCCCCCCCCAGCCCUCCCUGGGGUCCUGCCCGCCCCACCCCUGCCCCCCUCCACGGGGCACCCUGCCCGCCCCCCUCCCCCCCUACACCCCCCCUCCCCCGGGGCGCCGGGAGCUCCCCUCGCUGCCUUUCUCAGAGCCGGCGCUACGCUCACGGGGCCUCAGAGCUGCGUCCCCCCCCACCCCCCCCGACCUUCGGACCCUUUUCUAAGCCGCCCCACUUUCUUACAAAUGUAUUUGGAAACCAGACCUUUGCUACCACCAGUGUCUCUGGGUUUUGUACCGGUCCCACCGCCCAGGCCGCGCCGGCCUCCGCCUCCGCUCUCAGGACACCUGCUCUCUGACCCGCUCCCCGCCGGGCGCUGCCGGUGCCACCGGGCGCCUCUUUCCUUCAAAGCAACACUGUCCCGGCCCGGGGCCCAGGCCCGCCCGCGCCCCACCGACCGCACCACCUUCCAGGAGGCGCCGAGGGAGAAGAGUGUAAUGAAGGGGUUUUUUUUACGUGACUGGUUUUUUUUUUUUUUUUAAAUCAAUGUUUAAACGAAUAAAUAUUUUUUUAUGAAGAGGAAAAAAUGUGUAGAUUACAUUUCACGUUUUGUACUUUUCUGUUCGUGUCUGUAUUUUGGUGUUUGCAACACCAAAGUGGGAGAUGCAGUCCGUGGAGUGGCGCGCUCUUUGGGGCUGGGGGGGGCACGGGGCCCUAGGACUUUUGUAUCAAGCUCUGGAUCCUGACCAGGUUGUACAUUUGGACUCUGGGUUUUGGGAAACAGUCAUAACACUGCCAGGACCGCACAGGGACCUCGACGCGAGAGACACAGCUACUGCUUCCAACUUUGCACAUCUUCCUUUUUAAAAAAGAAACUCUGAGAAAAUGCAAAAACUGGAACUUUUUGCAAUAUUAUGAAAGAUGAUCUUAUUUUCGCUCAUUCUGUGACAUGUGCAACGCUUAAGAAAGCCAUACUUAAUGGUUGUUUUUAUUUUUUAGAUUCUAUAUUGUGUUUUGUAUGUGGCCCUUUCAGAACUACUUGUAGUGAGGGUGCUGUGUGUGUGCUUUUCUUAAAUAUUUAUUUUUUCAACAUGCUUUCAACCUGUCAACAAAAACAAAACAGACAAAAAAGGGCAGUGUUUGAAAAUUGUUUUCUUUUCUUCCUUGGGGAUAAUCUAUAUUAUAUCAACUUUAUAUUAACGAUCAUAAACCUGUGUUUGUAUUGGAGAUGUGCGGAAUAUUUGGGAGAAGACUUUGGUGAGCGGUUGGCAGGAAAUCACAGCUGUCGCCGUCUGUAGCCACAGGGCAGGUGGACGAUAUCCUCUGCUGGUCUCGCACCUGCCGCCUGCGGGGUGAGCUCUGGGCCUGCCUGGGGGUCUCCUCCCUGUGACGGGUUAGCCUAGACAUUCUUGCAAAGCUUCCACUUUCAAUAAACUGGGAAAUUGCUGCUCAA